AAGAAAAAGAAAAAGAAAAUUUCUUAAGAACUUCAAAAAAGAAUAAAAAAAAGGGAAAAUCAAGUCUAAUCACUAUUGCCUGCAGAGGCCUGCGGUGCCCUCCUCUCUUUCUAUGACACGUUUAAUCUCAUUAAUUUCUGAUUAUUUCAUUUAUUAUCAUUAGUAUUUUUUAUUUCAUUUAAUUUAAUUUAUUUUUUGCAUUGCAUGAACUCGAAAUCUGUUACAUCCCAAAAAGAGCGCAUUUUUUAACACUUUCUCGAGGAAAUUUCAAGUUUCUAACCUACUGGAGUUUUACCCGGAAAAAAAAAAAAAAUGAGGUGGGAAAAGGUCCAGCUUCGUACCCAACAAGCUCAAGAACAUGCUUUCACUGGAGUAUCAAGUUCAGGGCCGGGCAAGAGAUGGGGCCACACUUGUAACGCCAUUAAAAGCGGCAGAUUUCUUUAUGUUUUCGGCGGUUAUGGCAAAGACAACUGCCAGACUAACCAAGUUCAUGUUUUUGAUACUGUUAAUCAGACUUGGAGUCAGCCAAUGAUACAGGGCAUGCCACCUACUCCCCGGGACAGCCAUAGUUGUACUACUGUUGGUGACAAUCUCUAUGUUUUCGGUGGUACUGAUGGAAUGAACCCUCUUAGAGAUUUGCAUAUAUUGGACACUUCUUCACAUACAUGGAUAUCGCCUAGUGUGAGAGGUGAAGGACCAGAGGCACGGGAGGGUCAUAGUGCAGCCCUUGUUGGUAAACGGCUCUUCAUAUUUGGUGGUUGUGGGAAAUCUUCUGAUACUAAUGACGAAGUAUACUACAAUGAUCUUUACAUAUUGAAUACAGAGACCUUUGUGUGGAAACAUGCUACAACAUCAGGCAACCCGCCGUCUGCACGUGAUAGCCACACUUGCUCAUCUUGGAAAAAUAAAAUUAUUGUGGUUGGUGGUGAAGAUGGACAUGAUUAUUAUUUGUCUGAUGUCCAUAUCCUUGAUUCAGAAACUCUUACUUGGAAGGAACUGAAAACUUCAGGCCAGAUGUUGUCACCUCGAGCUGGUCAUGCCACAGUUGCGUUUGGGAAGAACUUAUUUGUCUAUGGGGGAUUUACUGAUUCCCAAAACCUAUACGAUGAUCUCUAUAUGCUUGAUGUUGAUACUGGUGUAUGGACGAAGGUGAUGACUACAGGUGAAGGGCCUUCUUCUAGAUUUUCUGUGGCCAGUGACUGUUUGGAUCCCUUGAAGGGUGGUGUUCUUGUGUUCAUUGGUGGUUGCAAUAGGAGUCUUGAGGCAUUAGAUGACAUGUAUUACCUAUACACUGGACUUGCAAAUGAGCGGAAGUUAGAGAAGUUAUCACUGAGAAAGCAAUUGAAGCUAAAAUGCCAAGAACAAAAUCUUAAUCCUGUAAAUGACAGGGCUCUGGUUAGAAUUGAAGCAUUCACUGAUGUGCAGCAACCUGUGCCUCUGUCAAGUUAUGGCCAACCAAGAGGAGAGAGUUACCCAAUAUAUGAAGCUGUGGCCAUACAUGGAAAGAAAACAUUUCAGGCUAAGGUUACUGAAAACCUCCCGCAUGGAUAUACAAUUGAAACUAUUGUAGAUGGAAAACCUCUUCGUGGAAUAUUAUUCUCAAACAAGCCAAUCCCUGCCCUCACAACUAAUCAUAAUCCCAGCAGGAAAAGAGGUUAUGGGGAGGAGGCUGCUAUGUUGAAUGGUGAUUGCAACGGCAAUUUAAAAGCUUCCAAAGUUGUAAAGCAGGAUGCAAUGGAUCACAGACAAGCUGAUGGUGUUCAUGGGAAGGAAUCCAUGUCAACAGAGACAGCUUUUGCUGCUGCUGCUCCUGACGUGAAGAAUCCACCACCUUUUGAUGCCUCUCAGCCUUUUAAGGAGCCAUUAUGUUCCAAACCAUCAGUUUCACUGUUGAAUUUAAACAACGACACGGCUAAUGAUAUACCAAACUGUACAACUGAAGUUCCUAAAGAGACAACGUACUCCUUAGAAAAGGAGUCUGCUGCUUUGUCCCCAAAACAAGGUAUAAGAGAGGACCCGAUGCCCACCUCUGAAGGACACAAUGAUCCAGCAAAAUCAAUUUGAAAAGGAAAAACAACCUUUUAACUGUUUGUGAUGACAACUGAACAAGACUACAAUACAAAACCACAAGCCAUUUGUACAUUCUAAGUUUCAAAGGUGGCUAGAUGCAUACUUCCUGCUAACUGGUGUGAUCUUCCACCUGCCAACACUACCAACUAAUGCUCACUUUAUUUUACUAACUAUUCUGAAGCCAUGAUUGACUAGUUGUAUGCAGUAGGAUUUUUUUUUUUUUUUAAAUUAUGACUAGUGAUCAUCUUGUUUAGAUAUACCUUCGGACAAAACUGUGUCGUAUGCAGACCGAAAAGAAAUCUCAUGUCGGAAAUUAGUUUUCAGUAACACUUCUUGCUGAGGGAAUUGAGAAUUCUGUUGCUAUUGAGCAAAAUACAGGGAUCUGCAAAUUAUUGGAUUCUGUUAAACUUUUUCAUACUCUUCAGACAUGUUGCUACAAGUAUUCCUGUUUACAGAAUUUUCUGUAUAAGAUUUUUUGUUACCUGAAGGCACAAAAGUUCAUGCAAAAACUUGUCAGGUUUUUCUCUCCACAGCUGUGACUUUUGGCUAAGGUAUUUUUCCAAGACAUUAGUGGGAAAUUCUUUAACUAAAA